CAUGUUCCUCUUCUUCAAACCAUUUACUUUUCAUGGCCAUGAACUCCCUUCAAAACCCUACCCAGUUUGAAGACUUGUCCUCCUCAUUCAUGGAUCUCCUCGAUUUCUCGGGUUACCCGCUACCCGAUUUCUGGCUCGAACCCGAGCCCGCGGUGUUGCCAGAGGCGACAAUCGGGGGCCAGAGUAGAUCCAUGGAAGAAGCAACGUCGAGAAUGGAUAAGAAUAGCAUAGAUGAGUGGCGUGAGAGAAGGGAUGUGAAGAGAGAACAAAAUGGAAGAGGUGGUGGGUGCCAUAAGGUUGCGUUUAGAACAAAGUCUGAGUUGGAGAUCUUGCAGGAUGGCUUCAAAUGGAGAAAGUAUGGCAAAAAAUCUAUAAAAAAUAACCCUAAUCCAAGAAAUUACUACAAAUGCUUGAGUAGUGGGUGUAGAGUGAAGAAGAGAGUAGAAAGAGACAGAGAAGAUUCAAGCUAUGUUAUAACGACAUACGAAGGAAUUCACAGCCACGAGAGCCCUAUCACGAAGUGUUGCAAUGAUCCAAUAUUUCAUUCACAUGGUAGUUGCCCUAAUUCCACUUAUUUGCACCUCUCCUCUCCACCCUCUUCUUCUACUACUACCCUUUGACCUCUUACUUUCUUAUUUUCUUCUCUUCAAUGACCUAUUUCUUCUUUGUUCUACCUUUUAUUGUUUUUUUUCCUU